CUAAUUGAUGAAUUUGAUGAAUGGGAAGAUGAAGAUGAUAGAGGGUGGGAUAAAGAAAUUAAAAAAUCAACAUAUUUUAAUAAGUAUGGAUCAAAUGAUUCUUUUACAAAAGCUGCAAGAGGAACUGCAAAUAUUUUAACAUUUAUAAAUAAAAAUCAAUCAACUUCAAUUGAUUUUGAAGAAAUUUUGGAUGACAUGGAAAAUGAAGAACAAAAUCUGUUUAAUUUAAACGAAAAAAUCAAUAUUUUAAAAAUUGAGCUUAAAGAAUAA